GUAGAAACGGAUGUGUUUUAAAUGUUAAGUUUUUAUUACUCACUUAAAACAGUCCUUCAAAAAGUUUUGUAAUAACAUGCUUUCAUGUAUUUACAAAACUGUGGGAAUGCGCCACCAUUACCAACAAUGGACAAAGAAAUUUUCGACACAUACCAUCAUCUUCGUCGUCGGACCAGUUGCUGGAGUGGGAGGAUUACGCGAAGCAGUCACCCAAGUGUUGCAACGCAACCGCUACGCACCAGACUUACGUCUACGUGUUUUGUCAGCACCGAUGAUGCAUCGCAAGAGAGCUGCGACCCCUUUUGGUGAUAUUAGCACCCUGGCGAAGGGUAGAUUAUACGCCACUCCAGGAGGAGGAUUUGAAUUUGUACAAGAGGACGAAGACAGAGACUGUGGACCUUGUGGCAGAUGUAGGAGAGUAUUGUGUGAGGACAUUUAUUCUGAAGAUCCCACCCAUCUCCUCGCUUUAUGGACUGUUAAAAGGUUACGUCACAGGACUCACCACGGUGGAUUCAAUUACGAAACGGAAUACACCAUCAGUCCAGUAGAAGACAUCAACGAAGCAAUUAGAGACGGUAGAUUCGACUACUCAUUACCUGGACAUGUGUUUGUGAUUAAGCAGAAAGAAGCAGCAGGAUCUACCUUUCCAGAUAUAUAUUCAAACCGGACGUCAUCGUAG